UACAGUGGCAUCGGGGGUGGGGGGGAAUUGAUAAUAGACGGAGCGAGUGGGAAGGGGGUUCUCCUUACUACACGGGUUUUUUGUUUGGUUAUUUUUACUCUUUUUUUUAAUUUAUAUAUUAUUAUUAUUAUUAUUUAUUUUUUUUACGUCGCACGAGCACCGACGUCCCUGUAUCGUAGCUUCAAACGAAAACACUUCGGCAGAUUACGGAUUUGCGAAUUACUGGACUCUGUCGACCGAGACUAGCGUUAUAACAUAUCGAGACUAACAUUUAUCGACAACAAAUCCAUGUGACAAUGUGUAAUAUCAACUUUUGUACUUUGAUCUCGACUCGUAUAUCCUAUCUACUUUUAAAUUGUAAAACGAGAAUUGUUAGUUUACCACUGUAUUCUUUAAUAUAAGCAGAACAGUACUGCUGCGUUAAUUCUGUGAUUGACUGUUUGGCGACGAUGCCAUCUCGUGACGGCCAACACUGGCCACAGACUCAGUCUGAUAAACCCCUGUUGAAAGACUUGCCCCCUGGACCUCUUGAUGUUUACAGAAAGAAAGCUUCGUUUGACUGGAAAUUAAUGAAACUUCAUCUAGAAGGAGAAGACAUAUUACACUUUAAGCAAAAAAUAUGGACUACUCUUCAUGAAGAUCCGUUAUUUGCACGUGACUUUGAAACGCCCCCGCUCAACAUUGUUCGAGAACUUGCCUUUAAGAGGAGUAAAGCUAUCCAUGACUAUAAUUUCCUUUCAGACGAGGAGCUCUUUGGAAAUCCGCUGAAGCAUUUAAUUCAUUCUGAAUGUAUUUACAUGGUCGACCCUUCUGUCGCCACCAAAAUACAGCUCAAUAAUGAGAUGUAUGGAGGAACAUUGGUAUCUAUGGGAUCGGAUAGGCAUAAAGAAUUGGCUGAAAAGUGCAAAACAUUUGAGAAUUACGGUUGUUUUGCUUUGACGGAGAUGAGUCAUGGUAGUAACACGAAGGCCAUGCGUACUACAGCCACAUACGAUCCGUUAACGAAGGAAUUUGUUUUGAACACGCCUGACAUCGAAGCUGCAAAGAUCUGGAUCGGGAACCUGGGAAAGGCGGCGACCCAUGGUGUGGUGUACGCCCAACUGUUCACCCCCGACGGCCAGUGUCACGGGUUACACACGUUUGUUGUGCCCUUGCGUGACCCGAAGACGUUGUUCACAUUACCCGGCCUCACACUGGGGGACAUGGGGGAGAAGAUUGGACUCAACGGCAUUGAUAACGGCUUUUUAGCAUUUGACAUGUACAGAAUUCCUCGAGAAAAUUUGCUGGAUAAAUUUGGUGAUAUCACAGAGGCAGGACACUAUGUGACUCCAUACAAGGAUGCCAACAAGAGAUUCGGUGCAUCCCUUGGGGUUUUGUCAGCAGGUCGAGUUGGCAUCACUGGCUUUGGUGCUACUAACAUGAAACUAGCUCUGGUUAUAGCCAUCCGGUACUCAGCCGUCAGACACCAGUUUGGACCAACAGACAAGGAAAUUCCUGUCUUAGAAUACCAGCUGCAACAAUGGCGUCUUCUUCCAUAUUUAGCCGCAGCAUUUGGUAUGGAACUCUUCUCACAUUCGUUUUUCUUAGACUAUGUGUCUCUGCGGAUUGGGAUGAUGAUGGGAGACAACUCUGAGAGGCAGGCUGAGCUAGGACGUGAGAUUCAUGCUUUGUCGUGUGCUAGUAAACCCGUCUCAGGCUGGCUGGCACGAGACUGCAUACAGGAAUGUCGGGAGGCCUGUGGUGGACACGGCUAUUUUAAAGUAAACCGGCUAGGCGAUCUUCGGAACGAUCACGACCCGAAUUUGACCUACGAGGGAGACAACAACGUCAUAUUGCAGCAGACCAGUAACUAUCUGCUCGGUAUGCUGGAGGUGGCCAGGCAGACGAAAGGAAAACCUCUAGAAACUCCACUGGGCAGCGUCCAGUUUCUGGGCAGACUGGAUAAGAUUCUUUUGUCCAGAUUCAUGUGCCAGACCGUGGCUGAUUGUUUACAGCCUUCAGUGGUUGUGGAUGCUUACAAGUGGCUCGUGUGCUAUCUGCUGGUUGAGAGCGCUUCACGGCUUCAGGAGCAGCUAGCAGCGGGUAAAGAUUCCUUCACCGCCCGCAACGACAGCCAGGCCUACUACUCCAGAUCUCUCUCCCUAGCUUAUAUUGAGCACAUAGUGUUGGAGAGGUACACCGCCCUGAUAGAGGAGACAAAUGGUGUAGCCACGCCGGCUAAUCUGAAACCAGUUUUACGCAGGAUGUGUCUUCUGUACGGGCUGUGGAGUAUGGAGAAACAUCUGACCACGUUCUACCAGGGUGGUUACAUUAGUGGAAGUAAUCCACCUCGAAUGAUCCGUGAAGCUAUUCUGCAAUUGUGUCGAGAACUAAAGGAUGAUGCUGUAGCUUUGGUUGAUGUGAUUGCUCCACCAGACUGGGUGCUACACUCUCCGAUUGGGACCUCUGACGGGCAGGUUUACAAACAUCUAUACAGUGCCAUGAUUCAGGGACCAGAUGUCUUCAGAAGACCAACUUGGUGGAAGGAUUUUGUGAAGAAACCAGCCCAGGCGAAAUUGUGAUCAGUGUGAAAGUUCAGUUUCAGAAAAUUUGAAAGACAUUCACUUUGUGAAAACAGCAAAACCCACCUCGUAUACUGGUAUAACCAGUUUCAUUUACAUGGUUAUUACCAAGUUGAAUAAUGGUGCAGUUACAUGAAUGAUGGUUACAUAAUGACUUUUCAAUCAGCAUUUUGUGGGGAGGGGGGUAAUUCACCUUUUAUUGAACACAGCCAAAGAGCAUUGUAUAACUUAAUCGCAUAUCCUGUUCACCAUUCGUUUCUGACUUUUUUAAUGCAUUUUUAUUACCUCUUCAAGGAUUAUUUUUGUGAUAAUGACUGCAUUUGUUUAAUUUCUCUGAUCAAAAAUUACUUUCUAGGUCUGAAAAAUAACAUUUUCCAAUUCCAUGACUUUCCAGGUUUUCCAUGACCUGUAUGAAAGUCUGUUAUCUGUGGACUCGGUUCCCACCAUGGGUCAGAGGAAACAAUUGUCAAGGAGAAUUAACUAAUGACAUGAGAUGGAGACACAUUUCUAGUCAUGUUUUUUUACAGAAUGUUAAUGUGCUUAUAUCUUAAAAAAAUUAACCUGGUGCAAACAAGAUGUCAAAGGAAAGACAAUCAUGUUUGAAAAGUUUAUAUUGUAGUAGUUUUAUAUUGUAUGUGCCAUAAAUAAAUUAAACCUCAAA